CUGAGCUCGCUAGAAGUUCUGCCGACCAUCGCUGCGCUCACCGGCGCUGACACCAGCGGCCUCAAGCUCGACGGCUUCGACGCCUCAGAUUUCCUGUUAGGCAAAACCUCAAAGUCUCCUCGGGACUACUUCGCUGUAUACCCCGGCAGUCCUUCUCAUGAAACUGGACCGCACGCCGUUGUUUAUCAACAUCUGAAAGCGCAUUUCUUCACAGUUGGGAGCGAACUAUCGGACGAUCAGAACUACGACGAGAUGUGCACUUCACGACAUACUCUCACGGAGCACAACCCGCCUCUUCUCUACGACUUGUCUGUUGAUCCCGGCGAGCGCUGGAACAUCGCCAACGAUACUAGUCGACAGCCUUUAUUGAUGAAUUUGACUGCUUGGCGCACUCAGCACAUGGCUGACAUGACUUGGAUGACUUCAGCCACGCAGGACCACGAAGAACGAUCUCAACCUUGCUGCACCGACCGCCUCUGCAAUCCAUACCCCGCCUGUUGCGACUGCCCUGACAAAUGACGGAGAAAAUUUCUGGUCUUCUUUAUGAAAUAAUUGAUGGAUGCAAAGGAAGUAGCCUGAGUUUUUUAGAAGACGAGACUGUGGUUGACACCGUCACUGAGAUGUGAAUAAUCUGUUUUAAUGACAGCCAGUCGGGCUCAUUUUUACCACCAAAAUUGUUUUCCAUCGAUGAAAGUGUAUGUUGCGCGUUUGAAUGAUCUAGUUAUCAUAGGCACCAUUUUUUCAUUACCGUUUACCCACAAACUUCUCCUCUGUGUUAUUUCUUUAAUUUGUGUCUGUUUUGUUGAAUAUAGUAGAUGUGAUGUAAGGUAUUUUCCUGUUGCGCUAUCCUUUCAACAGUUCGACAAAAUGAAAAAUGCUUCAAGGACCUA